AUGGCAACAGGCGUGGAAGCCGGGCUGCUCAUCGGAACGUUUUCUCUCCUGAUUGCUUUGCUUGAAAACUGCGAGAAUGUCUCUCGGCCAGUCGGAGAUUUCAUCCAUUGGAGGGAGCGUCAAGGGGUGUUGAUCACGGAACUCAAAAAUUUGCGGAUUUCAUAUGAGCAUGUUAUCAGUUAUCUCCUCAAGCCAGUUGUCGGCCCUGAUGAGCUGGAAGCCAUGGUAAAGGAUCCCUCCAGUGAUCUCUGGACUUCUGGUUCCAUCGCAGAGCGCCUCCGCGAAAAGCUGGGAGUAAUCUACAGCCCGGUGCGAACUUCAAAUGAAGAGAUAGCAGAAAUCCUGCAAGAUAUCGCGUCCCGUCUCAAUAUCAAAUCAUCGCAGGGAGUACAGAUUCACACUUUCGAAACAGAUCGACCCCUUGAAGCCAGUGAAUCUGGUCCUGCUACUGCGGAUACUCAGCCCCGAAAGAAGAAAUUCGAAUUCAGACGGAGGACCCUGUUUGCGAUAAAGAAAAAGCAUAUCAAGAUGAGCUUGAAGAGAUUGAAAGAGUUGACAAACCGGAUUGACGAGUGGGUUCAACGAGCAGAAAGAACCCGCGAUACCGUUGCCAGCCAUACGAGCGUUAGCUUCAUUGAUACACCGGAGGCUAUCCAGGACAAUGCUACAAGGAUAUACAUGGCAUAUAUCAGAACCACUGCAAGAAAGCUAAGCUUUGACGGAGAGUGCUACAAGGAUAUUAUUGAUCGAGUCGAUAUAGAGUUUAGAACCGUUCAAAAACUUUCAAGCAGCAACGUACAAGUGGAACCCCCUACAGCCCAUGUUCCAGCUCCCCACGAUGAUCCAUCACUCCCGUCCCUGAUAACAGACAUCUGCCAAUAUAUCCGACAGCCAACUUAUCCAUCCUUUGGAUUUUGUCUCGAUGGUGCAGGGGGCUUGAGGGUAUAUCCAUCCUCAAGUGCAAUCACGCAAUCUACAGAUCAAUGCCAGACACUGGAGUCGAUUUUACCGAGGCUGCAAAUAAGGUUACCACUGGAGGAGGUAUACUCCUUAGCAAUCACGAUUGUGGCCUCGGUAUUUCAACUCAGUCACACUCCGUGGCUCAGACGUCGAUGGGGAAAGAAAGAUAUCGCCUUUUUGAAAGCCAGCAAAAAGCCCCAUCUACCCGUCGACAUCCAAUACCCAUAUUUGACGCGAGCGUUCUCUAUCGUUGGAGAUCAGUCCGAUGCAAAGAUAGCCAGCGACCGCUCAAGCCUCCUCCGCCUUGGUAUCCUGUUGUUGGAGAUUGGUUUUGGAGAGUCCAUAGAGGAAGUUCGGCACCCGGAUGAUCUUGGAAACAACUCUGUAGCGGACGACGAGGCAGAUCGCCAAACAGCGGAUCGGUGGUUCAAAGACAAAAGCACCUGUCUACUUCCGGCGUUCCGACAGGCAAUAUUGACUUGCCUGCAGGAGUAUCUGAAUCCAGGCGCUAAUCUGAAUGAUCCUGAUUACUCCAACUUUAUCAAGAAGAAGGUGCUGCUACCACUAGAGGAUGAAAGGCUGUCCAUGGCUUUUGGUGUACCGGGUUGAGCACAACACUUAGACUUGACGUCUCUGAGAUAGGAGGGUAGUUUCACACACGUGGACCU